AAGGAUGAUUUCUGUCGUUGAAUUUACAACAGUGUUGGUUAAUUUCAGUUGGAUGAAAAUCAAAUUUUAUUUUUUGGCUGCUAUUUUAACCACAUGCACAUUGUCGAAUUAAAUAUCAAUUUCCUCAGCAUAAAAAAGCAUUAAAUGCAGAAUUAAUCAUGCGGCCGCCUCACGGACAACCUUUGCAAGAUCGAAAGCCUGGCAGUACCAAAAGCUUGACGGAUGAACUCAGCUGUCUGACAUUACCCGCCGUAAGCAUUCAAAGUACUUCCACAUCGGCCAUUGGAGGUGCUCUUGAAUUUGGUCGCCAUCAGGAGGCCAGAGCAAAAGUAAAUGAAUCACUUGGUGAAUUGAAUGUGGUCAAGAAACGAGUUUUAAAUGAUGUAUGUCCCACACCGGAUAACAUAUCGCACAACACCAUCGCUGCCAGCAAUAUCCUUUCGUUAAACCGAUCCACGACUAUCAAUAGUGUCAGGAGUGGGCAUACGAGCAGCUCUGCUAACAAUACGAAAUCUGAAGACGGCGCUACCUCAUCGUUAUUGUGCCCAGCCCAUGACGCAGCCUAUAACUGCAACCCUAGCGAGGAAUACAGGACAAACAAUCUUUGGGACUACUGUGAAGUGAAUUGCGAAACCGCCAAGUUGAAUGUCGCAGCCUUACCACUGGCUAGUCAACAAAAAGCUGCACUGUCCGAUCUGCUGUAUUGUUUGAGUGGCAUGAGGUGUGACUUGAUAACGCCGUUGCCUCGAGAUGAUGCAGCUCCAGGUAUCGACAAGUAUAAGACUUGUUUUGUCGUGGAUAAGGGUUUGGACAAGAGCUUUACCAGCAUUAUCUACGAUAUUUUGCCAUUGGCCUCACACUUUAUGGCCAUCCAACAGGUCAUGGCCGCCAUCGAUGGACGUGGCCAGGUGAACAUGGCUCUAAAUGCAGAACUGGUGAUCAUCAGUCGAGACUUUUAUAGGUUAAUAAGCGAAGCGGAUAGGGAGCUGGACCGGGGUGCGUUGACACUGCAAAAGCUACUUUACUAUCUUCAACCUACCAUGUGGGUCAUGGAGCAGCUAUGGAUUUCUUUGGGCGAUAUACUACUGCAGGAUCUCAAAGGGGCAGCUGUGCUAACGGUUUUGUUUAACGGCGUAAAACGCCUGGACGGAGAUAAAGCGGCACAGACUAUGUUAAUUAACGUCACAACCAAGGCAGCACAGCCAUAUAUGCGUAUGCUUCAGAUGUGGCUGCAAUCGGGCAUCAUUGAUGACUACAUGACGGAGUUCAUGAUCAAGGACUACAGUAAAGAGCUGAAAGAGGACAAGGUCCAAAAUAACUGGGAAAAGCGGUUUGCGAUCCACAGUGAAGACACACCCAUAUUUCUGGAGAAAUACUCGAAUAUAAUACUACGAACCGGCAAAUACUUGAAUGUGAUUAGACAGUGUGGCAAGCUGAUAAAAUCGAAGCCGAUUGUGGACUUUCGAUUUAAUCCCGUCGAUGAGCGAAGGCAUGUCAGUGUGAUCAAGGAAGCCUAUUAUUUUGCAGCUCGGAAGGUGCUGGACGUGCUGAUCAUCGAAAACGAUCUGAUGGGACGUUUGCAGUCGGUAAAGCGUUAUUUGUUGCUUCAGCAGGGAGAUUUCAUUAUGGAGUUCAUGGAUGCUUGCGACGAGGAGUUAUGCAAAAAUGUGGCCAAAGUGCUGCCCAUGACAUUGGAAAAUCUUCUUGGUCUGACGCUGGGUCUUUCCUCCGCUUGUAGUGAUCCUUACAAGGAUGAUCUGCACUGCGAGCUGCUCACCUACGAUUUGGUUACACAAAUGAACAAGAUUAUUAGCCAUUGCGAAGAGGAUGGAUCAAUCGAUCAUCUGGACUUGACUGGCAUGGAGUGCUUUUCUUUUACUUAUGAGGUGAAGUGGCCGGUUUCACUUGUGCUUAAUAAGAUGGCCAUUGGUCAGUAUCAGAUACUCUUUCGACAGUUGUUCUACUGCAAGCACGUCGAGCGACAGCUGUGCAAGGUGUGGAAGGAAAACUCAAAGACCAAGAAGUUUUCCCCGCGUGCAGCUUGGCUCUACCGCUCGGCCUUUGCUCUGAGGCAAAGAAUGAUGAACGCCAUCCAAAAUCUGGAGUAUUAUAUGAUGAUUGAGGUGAUUGAACCCAAUUGGCAUGCAUUUAUCGAGAAAAUGCGGAAAGUAGAAGACAUCGAUAUGUUGCUUACAAUACAUCAGGACUUUCUCACCAUGUGCCUCAAAAGCUCCAUGUUAACCGAGGACUCACAGCUGAGCCGUAUCAUCUUCAGGUUGGCCAAGAUCUGUCUAAAGUUCUGUGAGUUUAUUCAACAAUCGCAGCGAAUCUUUAUCGAUGCGGAGCUCAAGUCGAUGGUUUGCGAUAGCGGCGAUGAAAAGUCCGACUCGCAGCCAGAUACUUUGGAGCAAGCAGAGUGCGAGCAAAAGCCAGAUCAUGCAGAUACAUUUACGGAGCGCAUUAAAUGCUUUGAUCGGGGAUUUACGAGUGCGCUCAUUUCAUUUCUUAAAGAGGUCUAUGGGCUGGCUAAAGCUAAUACCAACGAUGUCUUCAUGAACCUUGUGAAUAGAAUCAAUUUUAAUGGAUAUUAUUCACAACAAAUGGAAGCAAUUUGCAUUGAGAAAGCUAUGGGGGAUUGAUUAUCCCAUAUCAACAGAAACCCAAGUUACACAAGUCUUGAUCAGAGCGAAACAAAUUUAUAUGAGUGGGUUUUUUUAACUUCUACAACUUUUGUAAACUUUUGCUUCAAAAUGUUUUGGUAACUUCACGUCUUAACACAAUAAAUGGUAAAUAUAAAACUGAUUGCCAAUGGGGAACUCU